AUUUAGACUUACAUGCAUCUAUCUAAUAUCUACACCUAUCACCUACAUACUUGAGCCUGCAUAGGCACAACGAUCAACUAUCACCUUUCUAUACAUUGAACUCUACAGAACUUCAUAAACUGAAAAAAGAGAGGAACAAAAAGAAGAAGGGCAAAGAUAACUUAAUAGCUAAGACCUAAUGUCACGGUCACAGCACAAAUCCCCCUUGCGCUACCGAAGAUGAACGGCGUUGCAGCAAAUGAGCCGCCGUCUUUAGACGCUGCUGACUACGACCCAAUACAGCACCUUAACCUCCUCUUCUCUCAUCCCUCCACCGUAUCCUCUGUAGGCAACGUAUCCUCUACUCUACAAUCCCGUCACAAUGAGCUUUCCGCCGAAAUUUCAACUCUCCAGAUGGCCCAGGCCUAUGGACCCGAUUCCUCCCUCGAACGCAUGCAAUCCGCCCAGGCCGAGCUAGCGAGCCUUUUCAAAAAGAUCGAGACUGUGCGCUCGCGUGCCAUUCAAACCGAGCAGAAUAUCACUUCUAUGACAGCUGAUAUCAAGCGACUGGAUGGCACGAAACGAAACCUCACCCUCUCCAUGACAGCCCUCAAGCGACUGCAAAUGUUGACUACCGCCUACGAACAGCUGAGAGGCUUAGCGAAAACGAGACAGUAUAGGGAUUGCGCUAGUUUGCUACAGGCUGUGCUGCAGCUUAUGCGCCACUUUAAUAGCUACAGAAGCAUUGACCAGAUUGCUACACUUAGUCGCGGCGUCGGCGAGCUUCAGAGGGAGUUGCUCGAACAAGUUUGCGAAGACUUUGAGAUAGCCUUCGCCAAGGGUGAAGUUGGGGCGAGGAAAGCGACGCUGGUGGAGGCUUGUGGAGUCAUGGAUGCGCUCGGAGAUAGCGCGAGAACGAGGCUAGUCGCGUGGUACGUGAAUACCGAACUAAGAGAGUACCGCCAGGUUUUCAGGGGCAACGACGAGGCCGGCAGCUUGGAUAAUAUUGGAAGACGUUAUGCAUGGUUUAAAAGAAUGGUAAAAGGGUACGAGGAAGAACGUGCGGCCAUCUUCCCGCCUCACUGGAGGGUUGGCGAGACGCUUGCCAUGGCUUUCUGUGACGGCACGAAAGACGAUUAUAAGGGUAUCCUGGAGAAGAGCAUGAGGAAAGUGGACGGCGCCAAGGUUGAUGUCAAUCUUCUACUGAGCUGCCUACAGGAGACGAUGGAUUUCGAACAAACCCUUGAACGACGGUUUUCCAGCGAAUCGAGAGCAAGCAUCGAUACGCUUAGUUCCGCAGACGAGAGGACACACACCUUUAAUGGGUCGAUAUCCGUUGCGUUUGAGCCGUAUCUAAGUCUCUGGGUUGAGUCACAAGAUAAGGCACUAGCAUCUAUGAUUCCUAAAUACAAAAACCAACCUUUACUACCGACCGACGAAGAAUUUUCCCCUCAGGCCGUUAUAACCUCCGCCAUCGAACUCUUCCACUUCUAUAAACUCACAUUAUCACAAUGCGCCAAACUAUCUACAAGCGAACGACUACUCGACCUAACAGGGACGUUGGCCAAAUACCUAGACGAGUAUGCCCAACAAGUACUGCUUUCUAUCUUACAGAAACCUGGUCAGACGGGGCCGUCUCUCGAAGAUGUAGUUCUUGUGCUUAACACCGCGGACUUCUGGCAUGCUAACACGGAGCAACUGGAAGAGAAUAUAAAAAAGCGCAUCGACAAUGAUCUCAUGUCUAAAGUGGACUUAUCAUCCCAAGCCGAUGCAUUUCUGGGUGUUGCCAGCGCCGCCGUUAUAGCGCUAGUGAACAAAGUUGAGGCAGACUGUGAAGGGGCCUGGCGUGAGAUGAAGAACACGAACUGGAGCAAGAUGGAAAGUGUCGGGGACCAGAGCUCUUAUGUGGGGGAGCUAGUAUCUCAUGUCAACUCCAAGGCACAGGAGAUCCUCACCGUAGUGGUAAAGCAGCAGUACGCGCGCGCCUUCGCCGACAAGCUCGUCGAGCACAUCGCCAACACAUACGUUUUCACCGUCGUUCAGUGCCGUCCCAUUUCCGAGGUUGGCGCCGAGCAGAUGCUGCUAGAUAAAUACGUGCUCACCAAGGCUCUCGAGAGCCUGCUGUCUCACCACAAUGCGCCUGGGGCCUCCCAGCAGCAACCGCACGCACCACCAUCCAGCUUCGUCAAGCGUGUGAACGCCACCAUGACACGCUUUGACCCCCUCCUCAAAACCCUUCAAGUGCGGCCCUCGCCUCCGGAAGGCCUGGUUCAAGCAUAUCUCAUCCACAUCGGCGACCGAUCCGACACCAACUUCCGCAAAAUCCUCGAACUCAAGGGGAUCCGGAAGCAGGACCAGGGCCACCUAAUAGAACUUUUCGCAAUCCACCGCGAUGGUCCCGCUGCUGGCUCCAAACUCGUAGCGCAGAGCCCACUGUUAACGCCGCUCAUGAACGCACCGGGGAUUUCGGGCGUCGGCGUAGGAAUGGGAUCAAACAACCUAAACAUAGGACUCGGCAUCAGCAGUCUCACGGGCGGACCGGGCGGCGCACAGGGCGCGCCUCGCUUCGACGCAGCGUCGCUAGGCGAGAAGCUUCUCAACGCCGCGCGCGACGGCGUCGAAAGGAUGGGGACACCCGGGAUGCACGAGCCGAUGCAGUUGCCGGGGAACGGCGGCAGCAGCGGAGGUAAUGGCAGUAGCGCGAGUGGCGGGAGCGGCCAGAACAACAAUAAUGCGGUGAGCAUCAAUGAGAACCUGAAGAGCUUUGGGAAGUUCUUCCGAAGGGAUAUUGGGGGGCUGGGGGUUAGGUUCGGGAAGAGGGAUGGCAGUGUGGAUGACGCGCAGGGGAGGGCGAAGUGAGUCCGUAUAUAUAUAUAUACCUAGUAACUUGAAGCAGCUGCCUAGGCACGUGGAUGCGGCGGGGGAAAGGGGUGAAGCGAUGAAGUUAGAUAAGGUAUAUAGAUGCCUACCUCUGUACACCAAUACUAUACCACAAGCCAUCCUGCCUACUUUGUAAACGUCAUUAUCACUCAAUAAUAGCUGCAUGUGAUUGAACAUGUAUAUACUGAAUUAGUACUGGAUACACGAGCGAAGCAGCAUCAUCUGCAGUUUUUUUUUUUCCUUCCGAGGGUCUCACCAUUGCCUACCAGUUAGCUCCGAUGAGACGAAGAAAGACAAAAACAAUUCAUCUCAUUUCUUGCAAAAACGAAUCCAUGGCAAUUA